AUGAACCUCAGCAGCUCCUCUGACUACUCCAUCAAGCCUGACAUGGAGCCCAGCAGCUCUUCUGACUACUCCAACAAGCCUGACAUGAAGCCCAGCAGCUCCUCUGACUACAGCCUGACAUGGAAGCCCAGCAGCUCUUCUGACUACUCCAACAAGCCUGACAUGAACCUCAGCAGCUCCUCUGACUACUCCAUCAAGCCUGACAUGGAGCCCAGCAGCUCUUCUGACUACUCCAACAAGCCUGACAUGAAGCCCAGCAGCUCCUCUGACUACAGGCCUGACAUGGAAGCCCAGCAGCUCCUCAGACUACUCCACCUGACAUGGAGCCCAGCAGCUCUUCUGACUACAGGCCUGACAUGGAAGCCCAGCAGCUCCUCAGACUACUCCAACAAGCCUGACAUGAAGCCAGGCAGCUCCUCUGACUACUCCAUCAAGCCUGAUGUGGAGCCCAGCAGCUCCUCUGACUACUCGAUCAAGCCUGACAUGGAGCCGAGCAGAUCCUCUGACUACUCCAACAAGCCUGACAUGGUGCCAAGCAAUCCUCUGACUACUCCAACAAGCCAGGCAUGA